AUGCCGAUUGAAUUAAUCCUUUCUCCAAUCAUGAGACCAGUGGUCCAUGCAAAAUCCAUAUUGUUUGCUCCUCAUAGAAAUGCAUCUCAUUAUGUUCCCACAAUCAAAGAAUUUCCUACAGAUAAUUCGAAAAUUUCUUCAUAUGCUGUUAUUAAAAGAAUAGGAAGUGGAAAUAAAAUCCUUGAUGUAUUUGAUACCAAUAAUGGAAUAAACCCAAUUGGUUCCCCCGAUCCAAAUUCAUCAAUUUUUUGGUUUAAAAGAUCUCGUGCUGCUAAAGGUGGAUAUAAAAUGUAUUCUUCUCAACAACCACCGGAUGAACCAAUGGCUGCUAUUAGAGCUGGUUUAAGAGGAAAUGUUUUAUUAAUUAGAGCUCCAGAAGUACCUGCUGCUGAAUUAGGUUGGCAUAUUAUUAAUCAUAGAGUUGAUGCAAUUGAUAGUUAUAGAAUGUUUACUUUAGCUAAUGGAUAUACUUAUCAAUGGACAUAUCGUGGUAAAUGGUUAGAAAUAGUUCACAACUUGGGUGAAAAGGAAUCAGAAAUAAGAGAAAGAAUAGGGAAAGUUGAAACCAAUGGUGACUUUGGAUUUACAUUAUUUGUUGAUGAAUCUAAAAUUGUUAGAGAAUUAGCAUUAAGUACCGCCUUAUGUUCUUAUAUUGACCAAUGGAAUACUAAUCUAGAAGUAGGUGGUAUAUAUUAUGGUCGUCAACCGGGUCAAGUUCGUUGGAAGAGGGAUUAA